AUUCCGUCAGCAUAGGCGAAGUAUCAGAUUUGCUGCUUCCACUGUGAAAUACAAUGGCGCCGACUUACUUGAGCAAUGACCGCGCUGCGGUGGAUUCUUUUCUCGACAAGUUCGACGUUUUCCUCAUUGACUGCGAUGGCGUUCUUUGGUCCGGCGAUCACGUCUACGAUGGCAUCCCCGAGACGAUUGCGAUGUUGCGCGCCAAAGGCAAACGCACAGUCUUCGUGACGAACAACUCUACAAAGUCCCGAGAGGAGUAUCUGAAGAAACUGUCCAAGCUCAACAUUCCUGCCGAUGCGGAGGACAUCUUUGGCUCGGCAUAUUCCUCCGCUGUGUACAUCUCGCGUAUCCUCAAACUGCCGCAGGGGAAGAACAAGGUCUUCAUCCUCGGCGAAAAGGGCAUCGAGAGUGAGCUCGAUGCCGAGAACGUACCGCACAUUGGCGGCACGGAUCCCAACUUCAAGCGGGACAUCACGGACGCCGACUUUAAAGGUCUGGCGGAUGGUUCACUGCUGGAUCCCGAAGUCGGAGUUGUGCUCGCCGGCCUGGAUUACCACUUCAACUACCUCAAGGUUGCCCAUGGCCUGCACUACUUGAAGCGGGGAGCCAAGUUCCUGGCUACAAAUACCGACUCGACGCUCCCCAUGCACCACGAUUUCUUCCUCGGCGCAGGGUCUGUCAUGGCCCCUCUCGUCAAUGCCUCGGGUCAGAAGCCCCUUGAGCUGGGCAAGCCCAGCCAGGCCAUGAUGGAUGCCGUUGAGGGCAAAUUUCAGCUCAAUCGCCAAAGGACGUGUAUGAUUGGAGACCGUCUCAACACCGACAUCAAGUUUGGUGUAGAUGGCAAGUUGGGAGGUACACUGCACGUUUUGACGGGCGUCGACAACAAGGCGGCUUGGGAGAAGGAGGAUGCAAUCGCGGUGCCUUCCUUUUAUGCGGAUACGUUGAGCGACUUGCGGAUUGCUGAAUAGAUCAUAGAGGGCCAUUUAUACGCACAGAGAUACGUAGACGCCGUAACCCAGUGAUAUAC